GAUCGGAUCCCAUACUCUUUAUUUGUUGUUUAUUUUUUAGAGGAUGGAACAAUGGCAUUCACACCAUAACACUCCGAACAACAGCGUUAUUUUAAAACCCGUAGGUGGACCUCCAGCCAGACCACACACCUCCCAAAGAGAGAAAUGAGAUACGCUACAUUUGGGUCCUCAUAAUUCUCUCCGUUUCCCCUCGUUCCUUUUUCAUCCGCCUUCCCUCCCUCUUCUCUCCCUGGUGGUUUGUCUUUCUCAUACAGUAAGUAGGAGGGGCACUCCUGUCUUCAAAUGUUCUCUUUUUCUCUCUCAAGUUGCAGUACAAGUAGUGGCGGCUCCUGGAGUGACAACCAAAACAACAACAAUAAAAAACUCUCGUUCGCCCCGAGAGUUAACUCGGUUUUCUGUCUAGCGGCCUCCAGCACAGCGUCUUCCUGCUGUCUCGGGAUGACAGUGCUAAACUGCAAAGACCCGGGCUGUCAAGACGCACUAUCCUGCCAGAAGCGACUGAUUCACCUGCUGCUCUUCUGCGUUGUCUUGCUCUCUCUCUUGCAGGUUGUCUGUCUGGCUGUCUUUUUCGCGCUGGUCUAUCCACUUCAGGGCAAAAGUGAGAGUCUUCCCAGUCAUUUACUAACUGCACAUUUUGGAGAUGCAGCCAUUGAAUCAUUCAGUGCUGAUCCAGAUGGAAAGUUCAUCAUUGCCUGGGAGGAUGAGAAUGGAAUGCCAUCACAGAACUUCACUCUGCAUAAUGGUCAUCUGCAAAUACACCAUGAUGGGUUGUAUUUCCUCUACACCCAGAUCAGCCUGCAAACAAUAAGCCCAGCUAAUAUCUACACGGUGGAAGUGUGGCGAAAGACAGGUGUUGAAGAAGUCGUGCUUCUGGGAAGGAGCUUCAACCACACGGGUGGUCCGUUCUUGUCUUCAACCUACACGGGGCGUCAGUUUAAACUCUCCGCUAACGACAAGAUCUACGUAAAAUGCACAAAGCAUGCAAAGAUAAAUACUGAUUCCCAAAAAACGUUUUUUGGGAUCUACAUGGUGCAACAAUACAAGUAACAACAGAUGUCAGUGUAACAAUUCAUGGUAACCAUUCCAAAUCCUUUUUCUUCACAUGUUGGAGUGGCUCUCCCUUAUAAUGGAAGACUGGGUGAUUGGAUGUCUUUUACUGGGUAACCAAGUCUUCAGCCAUUCGUCAGCUGACCUUAAGAAGUGCCAACAGAAUGACUGAAAGCAGUGCCUGCUUCCAAGUCACAUCCCCAAGCAACACAGCCAUCAACGGGAUUACAUGAAGAAUUUGUUAUGCCAAUUGUCAAAUGGAUGAAGCCAUUGGAGCAUGAACUAAAAAUGUGGCCUUCCACUGGAAACAUGACAUGCCUGACUCUGAAUGUACUGAUGUAUUUAUGUUUGUUUAUUUAUUGUGUAUCCCUUUACUACACAAGAAAACACAGUUAGGCUUUAUUUCCAAUAACAGUCAGCUUAUGUGCACUGGCUCCAAAUACUGGCGUAUCUGUACACCAGGAGUGCUGGUAUAUAAGGACUCUGUCGUAAUAGAAACCCAUCAAGAAGGCACAAAGUGUCCUAUUUGGGUUAGUUUUCUAACUUUUCCUCUCUUUUUAGUCAUUUUUUAGUGACUUCUAUAAUAUUUGAACAGCUUUCCUGUUAGAACUACUUCUAAUUGGGGUCACAAUUGGGGCCACUCCGUUACCCAAAUAAUGCAAAUAUUCUUCAUUCCACUUUCUUACUGCUUCAUUCAAUUCAAGGUCACAGGGGAUCCAUAGCCCAUCCCAGUAAGAAGUGGGAGCAUGGUGGGGUACAUCCUGGAUAUACACAGUCAGACAUGCAUACACUCACACUAGGACCAGUUUUUCUAGAAGCCAAUCAAUCUUCCUUUAAACAGUAUCUUUGGACUGUGGGAGGUAACUGAAGGAAACCACACAAACAUGGGAGGAACAUACAAAUUCCAUGCAGAUAGCACCCCAGGACUGGAAUUAAACCCCGGGCAGCAGCACAGCAAGGCAGUAAUGCUGGUGCCAUCUUAAUGCAAACAUGCCUUCCUGAAAAUACACUGAAAGAAUACCAGAAUAUAUCCUUCUUGUGUUAAGUAUAGCAUAAGGCAAAGACUCAGCCAGUGGUACUACAGUCUUAAUAUUUGAAGAUUAACUUCACAAUUAACUCUACAAUUAAUGUAGAGUGAAGGGAUUUUAUGAUUAUAAGACAAAAUUCCAUACUGAAACGCUAUACAACUCAACACAAAGCAGCAGUGCAGAGGAGGUCUGAGGGAUCCAUAUUCUGGAUGUGUUUUAAUCUGAAAUCCUUAAAUUCUGUUGUUGCAAGAUGCUUUAUUCAAAUCGCUCCAGAACUGGUCUUGCUGCAUAAAUGGGAGCACGUCUGGUCUUCAUUAAUUCUUAAACCUUAUGUUUCAGACUCUUUGGCCAAUUAACACAGCAGUGCUUUUUUCUUUCUUAAAUUUUGUAUUUUUCUGUCCAAACCUUUAACAACAAACAACAGAAGGGCUGAAAAUAGGAACAAACCAUCUGACCUGUUCUGCUCACCUAUUUGCUAGAAGCUAAUCAAUCCCAGAAACCCUUUUUCACCGGGUCCCAGGCAAUCAGUGUCAACAACAUAUCUAGCAGGGUGGGUUGUUACAGACAUUCACAGCCACAGCAUUUAUAAAGAAGUGCCUCUUAUUUUCAGUCUGUUCAUUUAAUUUCCUUGGCAAUUUCCUUGGCACCUGAACUUUUGAAAUAGUCCAUCUGAUUGACUUUUUCAAAAUUUUAAUCCCAAAGAUCAUGCAGGAUUAUCAGGAAUGGACUGUGCUUUUCUACAACCAAGUUGAAGAAUACAUGGAGCUGGCUUAGCAGAGACUCAAAACAGGAUGACCAUGUCCCCAUAAGCAAUAGAUAACCAUGAGGCAUGGCAUAUCUUUAUCAUUUGUCUUUUUGAAAAAGUAAAGUGCUUAACUAGUGCCCAUAGCUAUAUACUUGUAAUAUAUACAAUUUAACAUUGAAUAUUGUUGCAAUUUACCACUGGCAGCCCACUGAAGCUAAGCAGGUGUGAGCUUGGCCAGUAUCUGGAUGAGAGGUCUCUUGGGAAAGCUAAGGUUGCUGCUGGAAGAGGUGAUAGCAGGUGCUCACCCUGCAGUCUGUGUUGGUCCUAC